UUGGGAUUUUCUGAUGGUGAGGCGAAAGUUUGAAGAGUAGGCCAAGCAGAACUGAGAGAGUCCGGCCAGCAAAAACCAGAGUUUUCAUGGGUGUUCAUAAAGAGGGAACGAUUGCAAGCAAAAAUCUGUCUCAAGGAUCACCAGAAAUGGAAUCAUGUCUCCAGAAGAAUCAAGUGAAGUUAGUUUCAACUCCAGUCGAUUCACAAAUUCAAUCCCGUUGUCUUCUCUGUUUGGGUAACAAUAGCUGCCGAACAGUUCGUUCAAGAACAAAGCUAAUGAACAUCUUGGUUGAAAGAGGGAAGCCUCAAGAAGCUGAAUUCAUUUUCAAUAGUUUAGUAGAACAAGGACACAGACCAACUACUGUGACAUACACAGCUCUUGUAGCUGCUCUGACCCGGCAGAAGCGUUUCAAGGCCAUUUCAGGACUUCUGUCAGAAAUGGAAGAAACUGGCACUAAACCCGAUUCCAUAUUCUUAAAUGCCAUAAUCAAUGCCUUUUCUGAAUCUGGCAAUGUAAAAGAGGCCAUGGAAAUUUUUCAGAAGAUGGAGGAGAGUGGAUGUAAGCCAACAACUAGCACUUUUAAUACUCUCAUCAAAGGCUAUGGAAUCAUUCGUAAACCUGAAGAAUCUAUGAAGUUAUUAGAAUUAAUGACGAGGACUACAAAUCUCAAACCCAAUAACAGGACUUACAAUAUCCUUGUUGGAGCUUUGUGUAAAAAGAAAAAUAUAAAGGAGGCAUGGAAUGUAGUGCAUCAGAUGCUUGCAUCUGGAGUUCAACCUGAUGUUGUCACAUAUAACACAUUGGCAAGAGCAUAUGCUCAGGAUGGGGAGACCAACAAGGCAGAAAGUAUAAUAGUGGAAAUGCUAAACAAGAAGGUAAAUCCCAACGAGAGAACAUGUGGAAUAAUCGUAGGUGGUUAUUGUGAACAGGGGAACUUGGCUGAGGCUCUAAGGGUUGUCUAUCGAAUGAGGGAUCUCGGAAUACAUCCAAACCUUGUUAUUUUCAACUCUCUUAUCAAGGGCUUCCUAGAUAUUGGGGACUCGGAUGGAGUUGAUGAGGCAUUGACAAUGAUGGAAGAAUCUGGUGUAAAACCAGAUGUGAUAACAUUUAGCACCAUUAUGAAUGGUUGGAGCUCAGCUGGGCGUAUGGACAAAUGUCAAGAAAUCUUUGAUGACAUGUUGAAAUCUGGCAUUGAGCCUGAUAUCCAUGUUUUCAGCAUUCUAGCAAAAGGGUUUGUCCGUGCUGGUGAGCCUGUGAAGGCCGAGUCCCUGCUAAAUUCCAUGAGCAAAUAUAGAGUGAAACCAAAUGUCGUGAUUUUCACGACUAUAAUUAGUGGUUGGUGCACUGCAGGUAAAAUGGAGAAGGCAUGGAGGGUUUUUGAGCGUAUGUGUGACAUGGAUGUGUCUCCCAAUUUGAAAACCUUUGAGACCUUAAUAUGGGGCUAUGGAGAAGCCAAACAGCCAUGGAGAGCAGAAGAGAUCCUUCAAAUGAUGGAGGAAAAGAAUGUUGUUCCCGAAGACAGCACUCUCAAGCUUGUAUCUGAAGCUUGGCGCUCAAUCGGUAUGGUAAAUGAUGCCAUGGCUCAAAGAACAGAGGAUAAUGAAAUUCCAUGGAGAAAUUCAGAGAGAAUUCACAAGGAGGAAGGCCCACCUGCAUCUUAUUCUAAUCUUCUCAAAUCAGAAAUAGUGAUCGUAUCCAACGGUAAUGGAUCUUCUUAUUCCCAAACAAGAAGCAGGACACUCCCAAAAGGAGUUGAAGUACCAUCUGGACGUCCACGGAGCACGUCUACUUCGAUGCUCCUUCGUCAGACCCGCCCAUCUCGUCCAUUGAUCCUAUUCCAUAUCCAGAACCAGACCCAGUUUUGGAUAUGGAGGCAGCAUGCUACUACAACUUGCAGAAUGAUGUUCAUCCAUUAGUGACGACAAGGAGGCGACCAGCUGUUCCCUGAAUCUACGAUCUUAAAAAGUUGAUAAAUAUAAUCUUGCUUGCUAUCUAAAAUUAUAAAUGGUUAAGCAUUACAAAUACUUUACCCUUGUUUUGGAUGACUUUGUGUAAUUCAAGUGUACCCAAUUCAUGUAGACGAUGUAAAUUCAAUUUGAGGACCAAAAUCCAAACUACAUGAUCACAUGUAUAUUUGCUAUUCUGAUAAUAUUUAUACUACCCACUUGAUGGUUCAUUUUA